CUACACUUUUCACAGUUGGUGCGUUUUGUCGUGUGUGUGUGUGUGUGUGUGUGUGUGUGUGUGUGUGUGUGUGUGUGUGUGUGUGUGUGUGUGUGUGUGUGUGUGUGUGUGUGUGUGUGUGUGUGUGUGUGUGUGUGUGUGUCUGUGUGUAUGUGUCUCUGUGUGUAUGUGUCUCUCUGUGUGUGUGUGUGUGUGUGUGUGUGUGUGUGUGUGUGUGUGUGUGUUUGUGUGUGUGUUUGUGUGUGUGUGUGUGUCUCUGUGUGUGUGUGUGUGUUUGUGUGUGUGUGUGUGUUUGUGUGUGUGUGUGUUUUAGUGUGUGUGUGUUUGUGUGUGUGUGAUGUGUGUGUGUGUGUGUGUGUGUGUGUGUGUGUGUGUUUGUGUUUGUGUGCGUGUGCGUGUGCGUGUGCGUGUGUGUGUGUGUGUGUUUCUGUGUACUAAUGUUGGGAAAAAAAAAUUCUUCGGAAUCGAUUCCGACUAGCUACGAAGCUUUCUGGAAUCGAUUCGAGAUAGUAGAUCCGGAAUCAGUUACCGAGAUCGAUUCCGGAAUUGGUUCCGAAAUUAGAUUCGGAGUCGGUUUCGGCAUUUUCAUAAAGGCCGGGGGGUUCAUUGUCCGUAAUCGCUAGUGUAAGUUCAAUUUUCACUAGCACAUCUGGCGGCAGCUGACCGAAGCUUUUUUUUUUUUUGGCAAUCGAGGGAAUGCUUGUGCCGGAUCUCAAAUUGAAGUCGUUUUUUUACCGUUUUUUAUACGAAAAUAGUUGGAAUACUUGCACAACACAUUUAUCUAUCAAUUACAAAAAUUUCCUCGUCUGAAUUAUGUAAAAAAAAGGAAAAAUAACAUAUUUUCAGAAAAUAGACUGCAAAUUGUUUGGCAAAAUGCUGCGGUCAGCCGCCGCCAGAUGCGCUAGUGAAAAUCGAAAUUACUCCGAAAUCGGCUCCGUAGUCAACUCCGGAAUCGGGAUGACCUCUUCAGUGCGUUGUUGUUCCCUGGCGGCGGCGGAUGAUCUUGGUCUGCCGCUGGCCGCCGCAUUUCUGUCGAAAUAUCAAUCAUUUGCGCUCGUGUGUUUGGGUACUAUUUUCGGGUGAAUUUCGUGCAGUUGUUGCAGGAAUACGAAUCCAGUCGAGUACGUGCGUGCGUGCGUGCGUGCCCGGUGUGCGUUCAUUCCUGCACACCACGCCUACACGUGUGCGUUGCGCGCAGCAUGACUGCACGGGGCGGGGGGGCAGGCAUGCACGCAGGAAUGAAUCAGACGCGCAUGACGCAUUAUUGUAAGAACGUGCCCACGGGGGAAGCAGUGCUUUGUUCCCUGCGUCACUGUGAUGGAUGGUUGGUCGCAUUCGAUCGCAUAUUGGUCAAAGGCGCCCAGCCAAACAAAUCGGACAAUAAAGUACCCCCUAGCACAGCACACAAAUUGCCGGUAAUUUUAAAUUAAUUUAAUGGUAAACUAGCAGUCGUUAAUGAACCCAUUGGAGCAGCUGGGAUCGAUCCUGUUCGGUACGGUUUUUGUUUGUUUAAUAACACUCACUUAGUGGUGUGCUUUAUGAAUCUUUCGUUGCGAUUAAUUCAAGGCGAAUCUCUCUAGCGACGAGAGAUUCGAAUAUAGGAUCUCCAAAGAUUCAUGAAUCUCUAAAUAUUGCUAAAUCCACAAAGAUGCAUCUAAAGAUUUCUAAAGAUUGAUAUGGUUUUAUUUGUAUUUUAUUAUCUCACAAUAUUUAUGAAUUUCGUAACAUCAUAAGCAGUCAUCUUUUGGGCGACUGCGACCAACGCGGUCAUGCCCUGCCUAUACAGGCUUUCGAGACUUAUUGCCAGCGUCCACACAUGAAGUCCAAAACAGCCGAAGUCGUCGUACAAAAUCAUGAAAAAGUCUGCUCCCUUGCGUUCCGGCGUCCACCCGACGUUUACCGAGUCGAGCCGAAUAGUUGUGUUCGUUAAACAAGUGGGCGCGUAUCAGGUAGCAGGACAGCAGGUAGCAGGAGGAAACGUUUCUAUGUUUUUUGUUGCCUUGUUCUUGCCUUUAGAUCCUGAUGAGUGAAGCACGCACACCUUACGGGUACGUUCGUGCUAUAAGCCUAUCCCUUUUACGCUAAUGGUGAAGAUAUAAUCGGCUCUGCAUUCGGGCAUGGGCAGUCCCGUGGGCGUCGUCUGUAUGCGGGCAUUCAGCACCAAGCAGCCAAAUAGUCAAUCCUUGCUACGGUGGAGACGGGGGUCCAUAUGCGGCUUGCUACAAUUUUAUCAGGUUUUAGGAUGAAAAGUAGAAUGACAAUGGCAUAACUAGUAUAUUUUGUAGUGUAUUGACGGAUUGACAGUUCACGCAUGGCACGGUUUGACAGCUGACGUUUGACACUUUGGACAAAAAGAUCCGAAUGCGAAAUAAACAAAACAGUAAACAGAAAAAGAAAGUGAAGACUUACAACUUGAAGAAUCUUCACGUACACGUAGUCUCCGAGAUUCGUUGUACCGGAUAUGCGAAUAUUUAGCUACACUCGGUGGACUUAAUUUCGACAGUUCAUUCCACAAAUUGUACUGAUUUGAUGCAUGAACAGUUAAGAGCAGCACAACAAAAAAUCAUUUGAAAACGAAAAGAUAAGCUCUUCAUUCAGAACCAUACCUAACCAUUGAUGCAGGGAAUAAAAUCACCCAUUGCGAGCAAAACGACAACUACAUUAUUGCGUGGAUAGCGUAUCUCGGAGACAUACAUAAAUAACAAUACCUAAUAGGCAUUUAAAAAUAUGUUCUUGAACCCCAAGGUUCCAAUGAAUAGUCUAAAAACGUACUUCAGAAAACAGUUCCAUUACAUUCAGCCAUCAAACCGCUAAUUUUAGUGUUAACAGACAAUCUUGCAAGCGUCUUCAGACCGUCUUGAAGGUUUUUCAACUAUAGCAUCUUCAAAAGACAUGUUAAAACUGUGUGAGCGUACUCAUAAUAAAGCAUUCUUUAUGCGUGUUUAGACAAGUCUAAAAGCCGUAGGAAAUAGUUCUCGGAAGUUGUUGACACACGAGACUUCCGUCCAUGGAUCUACUUGCCGUUUCGUGAUGUUCGUGCUUUAAUUGAAUGCUCGCUCGAUGGCGAUGUUAUUUUUUUAUAUCUGUCAAAUAAGCUUCGUUCGCUCGAACCACUGUCGCCUGCCGGGACUGUGUUCCCCAUGUCCGAAUUCUUCUACACACAUUGCACAACGUUUCGCUCAGCGGGCCGCUUUUCCUUUCGCUUCAGCGUUGGUCUGUGUAGGACGAGGUUGCUUUUUUAAAACACAAAGACCAAUUCGUAUCACUGCGAAGCUCUCUUCGGUCGAGCGAGGGGUUGAAGCGCAUCUUGUGCACUACGCGUGUUCUCGCACCUCUCCCUUCGCCCGCCGCACCGUGUGUAUCACCACCAUCCGUCGAAGGGCGGCAAUCACGCGCGCGGGUAGGCUCUGAUUGGCCGUCCGCCGCUGCUGCUGCGUCACACAAAUGUGCAACCAAAAUAAAAUCCACCCGUUUUCUCGUCCAACCGCGCUUGCAUCUCGCACACAAAACGGGGUGCAACAGGAAGGACGCAUCGGAUCGCGAAGCUUUUGCAGUGGGGAAGUGAUACACCCACGGUCGGUGCCGGCAAACUCGGCAGAUCGAUCAGUCGGUGGACGGUAAUCAAACGGUUAGGUUUUACUCCACAUUCGCUCGUGCCGCGAACGACGCGCCGACACGCACACACGACACACCGGUCUCAUUAUUGAUAUAUUGUAAAAACACGACAGCGAGAGGAAGAAGAAGCGUGCGUAAAGGUCCAGGUGGUUGCAUUUUUUUGUUGUUGUCGUGCGUAACCUCCCGAAUCAGCAGGUGCACUUGUGUGGUGAUGAUGGUCGUGUUUCUGUAGUGAGCAGUGGGUGCUGUUUUCCUUUCGGGGUUUCUUAUGUUUAUCCCACAUCUAUUCUAAUUGCAGUGUAGUUGUGUAUGUGUGUGGGCAUUAAUAAGUAAAUUUGUAUGUAUUUGCCAUGAAAAGAAAGUUACAUUUGCAUGGUAAAGUGAUUCGCAAAGUGUGAGUGUGGAUGUGCGCGCAGCAAUAGUGCGUCGUUGUAAUGUGCGGGAGAAAACACGUUGGGUUAGUGUUGUAUUUCAUUGUGUUUUAGAGCCUUUUGGUGACUUGGUCACUUUGAUGAACUACUGGUCAUUGAAGUGUGUGUCACGACGUUUUCGAUUUUAAACAAGUAGUCAGUGAUUAAUGGUAACCAAAAAUGGGAGAAAAAUAAUGAUGUUCGUAUGACAACAAUGCGUGAUUCUUGUAUGAGAGGGAAAUGAAAGUAUACAUUAGAUAACAAGGAAAACGGAAAUCAAAAGAUAAAGAGCGUUGAUACAUACCUUGAAGCGGGAUUGUGCAUCAUCGCGCUCCUAAGUAAAGUGCGUCAGAACGAUAAACAAAAACUAAGAAUUCUACGGCAGCAGCGUAAGCUGUCACCGACAUGGGCAGUGAUCAUUACUGCUUGAGGUGGAACAAUCAUCAAUCCAACCUUCUCGGGGUGUUCAGCCAAUUGCUCCAGGACGAGAGUCUGGUGGACGUCACACUCGCUUGCUCAGAGGGCGCCUCCAUCCGAGCCCACAAGGUUGUACUCUCGGCCUGCUCCUCCUACUUCCAGACGCUGUUUCUCGACCAUCCGGCCCGGCACCCGAUCGUCAUACUGAAGGACGUUCGCUUUGCCGAGCUGCGCACGCUGAUCGAAUUCAUGUACAAGGGCGAGGUAAAUGUCGAAUACUGUCAGCUUUCGGCACUGCUAAAGACGGCAAAAUCGCUCAAGGUCAAAGGACUGACGGAGAUGACAAAUCAGAGCAGCCCGCUGACGGAACCGAAGCUAGAGCCGGAGCGACUCCGACCCCACAGCAGCCAUGGUGCGGGCGGUGGCGUCGGCGCGACCGGCGGCAGCAACAGUGGCAGCGGGAGCGGCGGCACCACCCUGGCCGCCUCGGAAGCGAUCCUGCCGACCAACCUCUCCACGACGCUCCCGACGGCAACGCUCGCGGGCGGCGGUGGCGGCCCGUAUCUCACCUCAACGACCACCACCGCCACGCCGGGCGCUGCGUCGACGACGGUCAGCACCACCGCCACGACUGCUACGACCACCGGCAGCAGUAGCAGCACCACCACUACUACUACUACUACGAGCGAACCGGACGGUGCCGACAGACCGGCAGCGGCGGAGCAGCAGCAGCAACAUCACCAGCAACACUCGCAACAGCAUCACUACACGACGCAGCAGCAACGUUUGAGUUCCUCCGGCAUUGGCAGUGCCAGCGUCACCUCGGCAAGCUCGCUCAGCAGCAGCAGCAGCAGCAGCAGCAGUGGCACGGCCACCGCCGGCAACGUCACCGAUUUGUCCACCACGCACGGGAAGGACGCGGCAAUGGUGUGCGAAGCGGACGCGUCGACAGCCGCCGCCCCGAGCGCCACCACGACCACUACGCCCCUCUCGCUGCUCACCCGGAAGCAUCGCGACGCGCCGAUCGACAUCGCAACCGCCACCACAGCCUUAUCCUCAGCGAGUGCCGCCGCCGUAACGUCGUCGGCCGCACAGCUGCACGGUGGUGGCGGUGGUGCCGUCGGCAGCAAGGGCUCGAGUUCCUCCUUCACCUCGGUCGCUGCACUUAGCAGCAGUAGUAGCAGCAGCAGCACCACCACCACCACCGUCAUCCAGCGGCCGGCGUCGGGCGAUGGCAUUCUCUCUUCCCAGCUGGCCGCGUCGGCAGUCAGCAGCGACGGCAGACGUAGCGCCACACCCCUGCACGACGAGCCGCCCAGCCGGGAGGAGGAAGAGCCCGAGGAGAUGGAGCAGGAGGUAAACGAUCGCCAUCCGCAGGAUGCGCGGACUACACCGACAAUCGGCGCCGCGCUAGACGACGAACGUGACACUACUACAACCGCCACCACCACCACCACCACCACGGUCAGUGAUAAGGCAGACGCGCACCAAAGUGCUCACCAGGAGCGGGGAGCAAGGAUAGGGACGGCGUCGCCCCCGGCCGGCAGCGGGGGCGAUACGGACGAGUGCGCCGCAAGCGACGAACCCGCCGCCGCAGGCGACCCAGUAACCGCGUGCUGCUCCACCUCGAUCGCGGAGCGUCAGCCAUCGCCCGCACCGGCCGCCCUGAUCCCCGACAGCAGCCUAUCGCGCAGCAGCCCGCUCGGCGAGCUGGUGGACGAGGUGCGGCGACCGGCAAGCAGUGCCGCUGCUGCGGCCGCCGCCGCCGCCGCUGCCGCCCUGAUGGCAACCGAUCUGCGCACGGACACAGACCAUCAUCACGCGAUGCUGCUGCGGGACGUGACGAUGGGAACCGCCGACUACGACGAUGAGGAGGAAGAGGAGGAGGAGGACGAGGACGAGGGGGAGGACGUGGACGAUGGGGCAGCGGAGAUGCUGCUGGCAGCGGCCGCCGUCGCACAGGUUGCACGGGAGGCACGCGAUGAAGGGACGGACGCCAUCGUGAUCGGCACCAGCGAGGAGAGUGCGGAGCAGCGGCGUCGACGCGGACGCCGCCCGCUGACGGCAAGCGACGAACCGGAGGAGGAAGCGAACGAGGAGCAGCAACACCGCCAUCGGUCCAGACGCACCGGACCGGACGACGAGACGACGCUGGGCCCGGAGGAGGUGGAGGACGACGAUGACGACGACGACGAUGACGACGAUGACGAGGACGACGAGGGCGGCGGCCCGCACGAUCUGCACAUUGGCAGUGCGGGCAGCACGGGCAGCGGCGGCAGCGGCGGCGGUGGUGGUACACUGCUCGGCCGGCACCACCACCACCACCACCAUCACCAGCAUCUGCUGCAGCUGUCCGCCCACCAUCACCACCACCAUCAUUCGCACCAGCAGCUCCAGCAGCAGCUGCACCAGCACCAUCAGCAGCAGCUGGCGGCCGCGGAGCUGCUGCGGACGGCCGAGCAGCAGCAGCGGGUGCGCCAGCAGCAGCAGCACCAGUCCCGUCGCCGCCGCUCGUCCGAGGACGGUCCGGCCCGGCCAAGUGGCACCACCACAAACAACAACAAUAACAGCAGCAGCGCCACCUACAACAACAACUCCGACGACGAGUAUCAGCCACCGAUGAAGAUCAAAAACGAAGUCGACUUUUCAGCGUUCGCCGGUCUGAACAUGACGAUCAAUGCGGCGGCAAGCGCCAACGCCAACCUGUCCGCCGCACUGAACGCGGCGUCGGCCGGUCCGGGCCCGAUCCUGCUCGCGACCGAUCUGCGGCCGGCAUCGCGCGGCGGCAGCACCACCACCACAACCACCUCGGCCGAGGCCGCCGCCCAGAGCGGGAACAACGGCAGCAAGAACGGCGAGCAGCAGCAGCAGCGCGAGCGUGGUUCGCCCCAGCACCAGCAUCUGCAGCACCAUCACCAUCAGCGGGCGGCGGCGGCCACCGCAGCCGCGCUGGCCGUCUUUAACGCGAGCGGCCUCUCCAGCCCCCUGGCCGAACCGAUCGCGGGACCGUCCGGCAUCAUGGGCCCGGUCCAGCAAGUGCCUCUGUCGCUAAAGAAGGAGAUCGACUGGGGCGACGACAAGUCUUCGGGCGAAAGCUCACUAGACUUCCGUCACGCGCACGACUCGGCGCUCGGACGCUUCCUGGUCGGGCAGGGUGGCGGCGGCGGCGGCUACCCGCGGUCGGGCAUGAAGUCAGCCCCGCCGGCCGGCAUCAUCGGCUUUCCGGGCGCUGCCGUCGGUGCGAUCCCGUUCGUCUUUCCGUUCGCGCCGCUCGGGCUCGGCCUGUUCGAUGCCGAUCCGCAGCGGCUGCUCUCGCUGCUGCACCACCAGUCGGCGCUGGCGGAGGAGGCGCUGCGCUACCGCAGCCUGCUGUUCGGCGGCGGCACCGCCACGCCGGACGGGACGCCGAGCCAGCACCAACAGCCACUCGAAGACUGCAAGGAGCCGCUCAACCUGCACGCCACGACCCACGCAAGCACCACCGCCACGGCAGCGUCCUACGAGCACGACAAGAUGGCCGCCGGCAGCUCGCCGACGAAAGCGACGAUGAUUCGCGUCCGGGACGGACUCACCAAGGAAGGCUUCCGCAAUGGGGGCGGUGAGGAGCUGUUGCUGCGCAAACCACCACCACCACCACCACCACCACCAGCUACACCAGCGGCAUCAGCACCGUCCUCGUCUGCCCCGUCGCCCAGCUGCGACGACACUGGGCUGUCGCUGUUCCGCGACGUCCGGCAGCUGAGUGGCGGCUCGCCCACGCCCACCACCUCCACCGGGGGCGGCAGUGGCAGCACGGCGGCAGCAGCGUCCGGCACCGACACCGCCAAGUGUCACAUCUGCAUGGCCAACUUCCCAUCCGCCUGGCUGCUGGAGCAGCACUCCGCCCUGCAGCACCCGCACCUGACGAUCCACGACGACAAGCCGUACCUGUGCGGGCUGUGCGGGCAGAAGAGCCGGUACGCCUGCUGCCGGUACCGGACGGUGCUGGCGAAGCAUCACCGGGGGGAGCCGGGCGGCGGCGGCGGCCGGAGCCGGGUCCCGGCCGACAAGCUCUUCACCUGCGACGUGUGCGGCAUGCAGUUCCGCUACCUGAAGUCAUUCAAGAAGCACCGGCUGAACCACGCGCUCGAGCGGCUCCACGGCAAGAAGGGUGGUGGGGGCGGGGUGGGAGCACCGCCCGCCGACAGCGAGCCGGCCGUGUCGAGCACGAACGAGGGCGGCGGCGGCGAGGCGGCCAGCAGCGCGAUGGUGGCCGAUCUGCGCAGCCGCACGGCGGCCGGCGUGGGCGACGGCUCGGAGGGGGGAGGCACGGUGGAGCAGGACGACACGGUGUCCGAUUCGGCGCUGCAAAACCAACCGGCGGCCGACUGCGCCCCUCCGACGGCGGCCGAUGACACGCACACUAAGAUCAGCAGCAGUAGUAACAGUGGCGGCGGCGGCGGCGGCGGCUGUAGUAAUGGUAGUAGCAACAGCAACAACAGUAGCAGCAGUGGUAGUAGUAGUGCGUGCAGCACCACUGCCACCACCACGACCAUCAACAACAGCACCGUCUGUCACAGCAACGGGAUCAAUGCGAGCCCCUGCAGCAAUGGUGGGCGCAUCGGGCCGAUGGUGGAGGCCGCUAGCGAGGCGCUGCUGACCGGCGAGCUGAAGCGCUACCAGGCGGCCUCGGUGGCGGCGGUGGCGGCUGCCGCCGCCCAUCACCACCACCACCAGCACCACGCGUCCGUCGUCCGCUCGAUGGAGGCUGAAUCGAGCAGUGUGCAUGGCAGUGCGGCAGCACCCGGGGCGGCGACCACACCGACCAGUGGCGGGGGGCUGGUGCAUGCGCACGCGCACGCCCUGUCGCCGCCCGGCACCACCACCACAACCGCCACCAGCGGGCCGGCCUCCUCGCUCAGCCACACGCUCAACAGUCUGAUCAACGCGGAGACGAUACCGCACCACCGGCUGCUCGGGCUCGAUCCGCAGGAAGCCUCCAUCCUGAACUUUCUGCGGGUGGACGCGGCCGAGAAGCAGCGGGACCGCCGGUUCGCCUGCCCGUUCUGCGGCAAGUGCGUCCGGUCGAAGGAAAACCUGAAGCUGCACGUCCGCAAGCACACCGGCGAGCGGCCGUUCGUCUGCCUGUUCUGUGGGCGCGCGUUCGGCGGCAAGUCCGACCUGACGCGCCACCUGCGCAUCCACACCGGCGAGCGGCCGUACCACUGCGAGGCGUGCGGCAAGUGCUUCGCCCGGGCCGACUACCUCUCCAAGCAUCUGACCACGCACGUCCACCAGCUGUCGCCGCGCCCGUGAGAGGAGGGCCGGCGGAGGCGCCCGCGCAUGUCGGUCCUCUGUCGGAAGUAAGCGAACUGAACAGGUGCAACGGGGUGGGGGAGAGUCGUGUGGAAGAGAGGGAGAGAGAGAGAGAGCGCAAGAGAGAGGCACCCUGUCCGAGAGGGUCCGUAGCCGAAUCUGUACCGAAACCUACCUACAAGAAGGCGUUGGAGGUGCGCGGCGCUCUUAGAGACGCCGCCAUAACUCCUUCGUUCGUGCAACGCAAAGCAAUACUACACUCAAACACACAAACACAGAAUACUACAGCGAGAGAGAGAGAGAAAGAGAGAGAGAGAGAAAGAGAGAGAGAGAGAGAGAUAAAUGGCCAUUGCAACCUACUAAACGCUAAAAAACGAGCGAAAUAGAGACAGAGAGAACAAUGCGAAGCGUCCUCAGUAGCACAAAAUGGCCGCCCACGCUAGCGUCCCUCGGUGUUAGUGGUUGGAUAGACUGCAUCCAAAACAAAAAAAAACAAUUUUAAGACUAGCUGUGUACUUGUAAAUGCAACUUUCGUCUAUUAUCGUUGUUGUACGUGAACACUAAUACACAUAUAAUAUAAACAAGCACACACACACACACACAAACAAAUGAAACAAACAGUCACGCAUGGGUAGCACGCACCGGCAACCGGAGAGAAAGUUAGAUAGGAAGAGAGGAUGAGAGAGAGAGAGAGAGAAAGAGAGAGAAAGAGAGAGAGAGAGAGAAAGAGAGAGAAAUCGAAAGGGAGAGAGCAAGUUCAAUGUGGAACAAUUUUACCUCAGGCAACCAAAGCACAUUGAACAUUGCGCCCAUUGAACGCCCGGAGAAACGUUUAUUGCCGCACUGCAUUCCGUCCGCCAUCUUACUGCGGAGCACUUGCGACCAGGUACCAUUGACAAUUGAAACGAAACCAAAAACGCUACUAGUCUGGGAGUUUUCGUUCGUUUUUUGUUUUCUUCUUCCUGUUCCAUAUUCGAGGGAGAGUUGGGGAGUGCACUAUGUGGUAUAGGUCCGUUUUGUUGUGCAUGUUUUCUUACGCAACAGACCAGCGACCACUAUCCGGCCUGUUGCCGCCAACCACCCGUGCCCCACACCACCAUCUCCUUCCCGAAACAACUCUAAAGCAAAACAGUCCGCAAUUAAUUAUCUGUGAUUUUACGGCAUAGCGAAACGAUGCAAACAAACGAACCGAUGCUACUGUGCCGUGCAAAAGAGUGUUUGAUUUCGCCCGAUCGCUCACGAAUGGAUUCUAUGUGUGUAUCUAUGUGUGUGUGUUAUCGGUGUUAGGCUAGGCAAACGAAACCACUACUACAGUGGCCAAAGGCGAACUAAAACUAAAUGGCGUCCAUUGUGCAGAGAGUUACCAAAAUGAGAGAGAGGGGGAGACGGAAAGAGCAAGCGAGAGAGAGAAAGAGAGAGAGAGAGAGAUAGUCACAAUCACACAACUGAUACAAAGCAAAACAGAAAGAUACAGAGAUAGUUUUCCGGUGUCCAGUUUUAACCUAGGUUUUUAACAGAUUUGUUUAGGAUUUACGAUUUACGAUUGCAAAGUCUGUAUAAGAUACAGGGCGAAGAACUGACAAACGAAAAUAAGUAGAGCAUGUCUUGGUUUGACAGUUACCUAGUCCAGUUUGUUUGUUUACAUUUUGUAGGGGUUGCUGCAACGAUUUUGUAACUACUGGAUAACUUACCAACAGGAUCCUACAUCCUUUUGAAAACGAUGUUUAAUAAUCACUCUAAGAUCAUUUUCCAUACAUUUUAUGUCUCUUAAAGAUGAUGAUCUCUCUAGAGUGAACAUUUUGUAAGGUGCAUCUGCGAUUUGGCAGCCGAAAUUCUCUAAGAUAUAUUUUUGCACAACAGUUCACAAAAAUAUUGGUCCAAGGAUGCCAGGUUUUUUCGGUAGUUUCUUGGAAACAUCAUAGCCUCAAAUUCAUUAGUUUUCCGCAACAUCAAUAUCUCUCUAAGUUGACGGUCCCUUGAAGAUUCGCCUUAGAGAGAUUUCACUGUGUUUCAAUCUUAAGUGUAGCCACUGAACUGCUACUCGAAAUCCUGUAAUAUUUGGCAGAAUCAAGCGCAACCGAAACAGUUCCUUUUGAGUACAACAUAUGUAUUUCGAUCGAAUUUCCGCUGGGAGAACAUGCUUCAUUAUAUUCAUAAUGCAAUUCGAUUCAAAUUAGCCGUCAAUUUAACCCACUAUUCACAUUGAGCCUCUGUUUGUGCGAAUAACAAUGAACGAGGCAACUGUCAAAUACUAGAUCUUUGUAUUAACUCUUUGUACUAGCAAAAACAAAGCUUUGCAUCGACCUGGAACAUAAAUGGACUUUGGCAUUAUGGACAUGAAGUUUGACAGUUGGCAGUGUCAAGCUGAAAGGACUUGCAGUCACGUAAUAAACAACAAAGUAAACACACACACACACACACACACACACACACAUACACACACACACACACAAUAAUAAUAUUUAACACAGUCGGCAGUCGCAGUAUGAUAAAUGGAUGCCAACGGAACCACACAGCAAAACAAACCAAAAACCCCAAUCGAUGAGCGUUGUGACGACACAAUCUGUGUGCACUCCCGUCCGUGUCUGCCAGUAGAAAAAAGAAAGAAAGAAAUCCUUGAGUCGCAACACAGGACGAAGGCCAGCAACUAAACGAAAAACCAGAAACAACUGAAUGUGAUUAUUUUCUAUAUAUUCAACAGAAUUAAGCUAUUUAUACUUAUACAGCAACGAAGCGGAGCGUAAGAGACGAGAGAGAGAGAGAGAGAGAAAACAUAGCGAAAACAAAGAGAUUCAAUAGUGAUUUUACACGCAGAUAUCUAAGAAGAGCAAACAAAAUACAACAACCAAACCAACUCCAAGGAACAGCGUAACAACGUUGCGAACCAAAUGAAACAGAAAAUCCGUCACGACAGCUUGCAACGAACCCCCCAAAAGACGAAGAGGGCACACUGGAGGUUGGGUAGACGGAGGUGCAAGGAGGUUUGGGCCGCAGGUCGAGUUGAUCCCGUUGCACGACCAAAGAAGGGGAAAACACGCAACUCAUCGCAGGUGCAGGCACAACCGAUACCAGGAAGAUAUACUCAGCAGCAGUUCUUGCAGCAGAAACUACAAAUGGAGUUGAAAUACUAAGGUUUUGGGUUACUUUUAUACAUUCUAUAUUUACAUGUAAACUUAAGCCAGAAACAAAAACGGGAAUUUUUUUCCAGCCAGUCGUACACAACUUAUUAAGGAAGCCGCCAGGAAGCGCCACCGUGCGCAACCACAAUCACUCAGUAAACCGUUAGUGGAUGUUAGUAGAACCGGACAGGAUGCGCCUGGAACGUCGGACGUCCGAAUAGGCAAUAGUGUUACAACCGAUGCGAAGCACAAUGGUACUUGGUUUACCACGCGUUAUUGUUUACUACAUCUAGCUCCGCAAUCCCCACCAACAAACUAACAACCCGAAACCUACGUAACGAAAAUACGCGUCCCCUCCCUUGAAACGAAUACUACUUAAGGCUAUACAUAUACAAGGUUUUUUUGUUCAUACAUAAAGUACUAAGUACAAGAUUACAUGGCACGGGACGAGAUGGAAAAUAUAGGAAACGGUAGUAGAGAAUGGAAUAGCACAACGAAGAACACAGUAGAACGCCGUGGUCGUUCGGGUUCAGUUCAGCGACUGCCCAACAGAGAGUUUUUUAACACAGAGAGAUUUUAUUUUUAUUCCCAUACAAGACGAGUAAGGCACAAGAACACUCAUCCACACGCACACAAGCACUCACACACGCACUCAAGUACACAAAAGUGUGCUAGUUAUUUGUGGCAAACGAUACGAGAAAGAUCCAGUGAGAGAGAGAGAGAGAGAGAGAGAGAGAAAGAAAGAGAGAGAGAGAAAGAAAGAGAGAGAAUACUGAAAGCUGUACUCAUUGCCCAUGGCAGGCCUACUAGGAAAGGGAAACCCUACAAUCUUUUAGUAACGCUGCAGUAACGCGCCACUCUCUCGUUACUCUCAAACGACGCCAACAAGAUGGCGGCACUGCUCGGCCGUAGUUCAGCGAACGGUAAACGCCGUUGCGGCUGUGCAGCGGCCCAUAUGCUAGCAAACGCGAAGGUCGAAUGGACGAAUGAGAAGGGGAAAGAUACAAUUUCACUGUGCCAAAUUAAAUGUACCUCAGAGUAACAUCAGACAAAUGUAGUAAGCAGCGUACGAAAACACAAACAAACACACACACCCACACACCCAAACGCACACCUGAUAGGUGGCAGGAGGGUACUAGGUGUACACUAGGUACGGUGACUGAACAGGCACUGAACGUCAACACCAUGGGAGCAGGGCGUCAGAUAAGCACACACAACCCUAGCAACGCUUCCAACAAUUCAAAACACACUCAACACACACAUGCUAGGUCGAAUAUUACUAAGUAACGAACAGUAUAUACAUUUGGUGUCGUUUUAAUUUCACGAGCAGUAACGCUCUACCAAAAAAAAAGAAAAUAGAAUCUACUACUAUUACUACUACUAAUACUACUUACAUGUAAGAAAAUGCAAAAUUAAUUACCAUAUAGAUGUCGCGCGGUUGUUGUUUACUUUUAUUUCUGCCAUUACCAUACCAAAAAGAGAAGAAAAAACAACAACAACAACAUGCCCGUUGCAUGUUGCAAAGAAGGGAAGGAACCAGGAGAUAAAAACGUGCAGUAAGAAGAAUACAGCCUGCUAGUAGGGGAGAAAUUGCCACCCCACUACUAAUUAGAUUGAUGUCUGUAAUAGUUGAGUAGUUUAAAGUUUAAACCCUGUAAAUAAAAGCUGAAGCGAACCUGGAGAGGGGAAGGGGAGAGAGGGGGGGGGGGGGGGAGAUUGAAACCAAAUCACACAUUAUCAGCUAUUGAGGAAGGCUGGGAAAAGAGGAAAGCUAGAAUAAGCUCGUCUACUAAAUCAGUGUUUGUUAAUGUCGUGCGGCGUAGGUACGGUCCGCGCAACUACUAUCAGGUUUAGCUGUCAUAAUAACUGUCAUACGGCAGGGAAUAGUACACACACAAACACUCACACACACCUAUAGCAAUAGCAAACACACACCGUUAGCUUGGUCGCGUGCGUCUAAUGUGAAUUCUUGUACUUAAGACAUGCAAAACAUACACACACUACACACACUGAUACUACUAGUCGAUUGACUCUUAGGCACGCGCUAGGGUAGGAAAUGGGAGGAAUAGAGAGAGUGAGAUAAUAAGAGAGAUAGGGAGAGAGAGAGAGAGAGAGCAGCAUUAUUCUACUUAAGAUUACGUGUAUCGAUAGCAAAUACUCUGAUGGAGAUUCAAUUAAGUUCCUACCGACAAGACUAACUGAAUCAGGUACUGGUGCGGGACGAUAGGGGCGUGCUGAGCGGCUGCGAGUUCAAUCUUGCCACCAAGCCACCGCCCCCUUUGCCACCGCCACAUCCCAAGCAGAAGAAUCGUUUCCACUGUUUGUACAAUCGAGGCAAAGUUCGAUUAUGCCACACACAUACGUGUUUUUGCCACAUUGUUCUAUAUAUAUAUGUGUAUGUGUGUGUGUGUGCGAGCAUGCGUAACUUUUUUGUUUGGGAUUCCGUUUUCCGUUUAUGUCAAUUUUGAGAGAGAGAGAGAGAGAGAGAAAGAGAGAGAGUGAGAAUUAGAGAAAGCAGCAAGUUCUUGCCCGUAUCUACUAAGCUUCUUUCAGUCGAACUGGAAGCUGCUGUUCUUCAUUUCCUUUCGUUUUCCGUUAGCCGUAGCCAUGGCGGAGAGGGUGAGGACGACAUCGAGGGAUCUGAACGUAACCGAGGGGUUUCCUUAGCAGAGUAAACUAGUAAACUGGAACUGAAUGUGUAUUUUUUGAAACGUGUUGUACAAAUUUUUUUAGUCAAAGUAGGAAGAGAUAGUGAGAGAGAGAGCGAGAGAGAGAGAGAGAGCCAGAGGCGGGCGAAGAAGCAUCGAGUGUAGGCGCCCCGGAGCGCAGAGGUGUAGAGAAGGAAUGUUUAGUGGUAGAUUUAAAAAGCAAAAAAAAAAAAUGAUGAUCCACAGAUGACACAUUUUUUCGUUUUCUCUCCCAUCCGGGUUGCAUGCGUGUGGUGUUAACCGGUAUUCUUGUCAUAAGACGUGUAGAACAGCGUAAAUAUUGAGGGAAGCCCCCAAUACCAACCAACCAUUGUGAACGUAGCACACGUCGCCAUUUUGUUUUGCUUUUUACGUUACGUGCUAGUAUACAGCUCUUCAAAAACCAAAAUUCAACCGGCUUCCAUAUUCCACAAGGGAACUGUGUAAGAAGAAUAGAGUGACUAAGAGAACAAACACAUCCAAACACAUACAUGGUACUCGAAAAAAAACGCACACACACACACCGUACUACCUACAGAACGCAACUGAACUACAACAGACAAAUUGAAUAACUGAAGCAAUAUUGAAGUGUGACUAAUAGUAAUCAGCUCGUGCACGAGGAUCUAUUACGCCGUAAGCUAGUACGUAAGUGACCCACACCGAUACCCGAUGCGGUAUACUAACCUUUGUUUUGUUUUGCUAUACCGCAAGAGAGAGAGAGCAAGUCUCUGCUGUGCGCGCACUUAGAUGUUGCGCAAGCGGACAGCGUAACGAUGUGCUACUAAGCCACGUCUACUAAGCCGGCCACAAUGAACAGACUCUCUGGAAGUAUGGAAUUAGUGAUAUAUUGCGGUACUGAAGAGCUAGCAAAGCGUAAGCCCCCUGGCCAUUACUGUGCAGCACAACAUUGUGAACAUGGAAAACCAUGCAAUGGGGCGCUCAAAAGUAUUUACGGCACAAGCGUGCGUGCCUGCGGGACAAGCAAUCUUUACACUGUCCAUAAAUAAUACACAGAUACACACGCACACACAGAGCACACAGUGUCGUUGGCCUGGCACCCGGGGGUGCGCUUGAUGUAUAAAAGAGUGAACAUACUCGGUUAGUCGUAGCGUUAAGGAGUAAGCAACCACAAUACCCACACCAUGCACUUUGACCAGAUUUUAACGAACGAGUGUCCACAGUGUUGCGCAAGUGACAGCGGGCAGAAGGAGGAGGAGGUGGAGGAGGAAGGGCUAGUGUUUAAGGUUUACUCGUUAUUCGUUUUGCUUUGUUGAUUCUUUUAUCGCCAGGUUUGUCAAACCAGGGCUAAUCUGUUGACGUUUGCGUAGACUGCCAUUACCACUACUACUACUACUACUACUACUAACUACUAAUAUUGAUUUUGUGUGCUCAGUUCCCGUGCAUCUUCAGUCGGUACGGUCGGGUGAUAGAGGAGGGAAGAAUAAGUAAAGUAGAGAGAGAGAGUGAGAGCGAGAGGGAGAGAGAGAGAGGGAGAGAGAGAGAUAGUAAGAGAUUUACUUACGAAUUACGAGGGCGUGACACGGCGCGGUACGUCUAGUUAACGAAACCCACCAACUAUCGACUGCAAACAGUGGCCAUAUAUUGCAAUACAUUCUCAUACACACCCGUACCAACACAGUAUACAAGCACGCAAUACAAGAAACGACAACGAUCGCCAUCAUCGACCACACUACUACUGCCGAACCAGUGAAGCAACUACCAAGCACACCCGCCCAGCAAACUACAGUAAGUAACAAGCCCCCCUGAGGACGGGGACAACCUACACUAGCAGUAAGUAUCGACACAUUGUCGCUGCCCACCUGUGAUAACAGUGCAACCGAACCCAAUCCAAGCCAACGCAGCAGCACAAACGCAACAGCAAACAAACGAACAAACAAACAAAUAGUCGAACCAAAGAAUGAAACACGUACAGUUACCAUAUUGCAGUAGCACAAGUCUACUGAUAGAUUGUUUUUAGCUGGCUUGCAAAAGCGUUACAGUGCUGAAGUCUUUACACUCAACCACUGGCGUGAGUGUGCGUGAUCUGAAAAAUGUUGUUAGUUUUGUUGUUGUUGUUUUUUUUUUGCCUCCUCUACAUUUCAUUUAAAGUGUAGGUAAUAGCAGCCCCCAGCGCGCCAGUGUGUGAUGAUUACGUACCGGUAGCGUUACGCCGUAACGCCAAGUAACGUUUUCUCGUUUUAUUUUUCGUUUGCGUUCCUCCAUCCAACGAAACGGUUGUGUUCAGUCGGCCCAUUCAGUUGCUCCGUUGCACUAGUUUGCAUGUAUAUCGCAGUGCUAGGACGGCGGGCGAACGAUGUAGCUUUUCGCUCGCAUGUACAGAUUAGGGCAUGGCUUAAUGUAGUAGCUACCCGGCCCAGCCCAGUUACCCUUCUUGUCCGUUUGCCGAAUUGGAGUUAAGUGAUAAUUAUUGGCUCGCCCGAGGACUGAAACCGGAUGGGAAGGCUGCAAAUUGCACCUUCCAGAGCCCGGCCGCGGGAUGGGAAAGCACGAUGUCGGCGAGUGAGGGCGAGCACACUAAAUUAAGAUUAAGCAAACCGCGUAAGCGAGCUAAAUUUAAUAACCAAAAACAAAAACAAAACAAAACAAAAUCUUGUACAUUUUAUGGAGGGGCAAUAGACUUGGUAGUUAAAUCAAUUUUUAAAUUAUCUUUUUCUCCCAAUCUGUAAGCGCAUCUUUUUUCCUAAGUGAAAUAAGAUUGAUCAGGCGUCGAUCGAGACUAUACUAUAGGCGAGACGUUCGUGAGGCUAGCAGCAAUGCAUACAAGUGAUAAUGAAUGCGUGUGAGAACGGUGUGUGUGUGUGAGGGCGGAAGGAUUAAUAUUUACCAAUUGACUUUAAUGUUGUGCGUUCAGCCGUGGGCACUAGCUAGACCGAUACGAUGCGUUCAAUUACACACUAUUGGAUUGGAAUGAUUAAAUCAACCGACAGGAAACCUUGUGUGUGUGUGAGAGAGAAAGAGAGAGAGAGAGAGAGAGAGAGAGAGAGAAGAAAAAAACGCGAAAACUCAAAAACAAAAUACUAUUCGGUGUUGUGACUUGCUAACUUACUUACUUAUUCGUAACAUUCCACAUUGCAAGCAAAGUGAUAUUGGGAUAUUGGUGUGGCGGGCGUCGCGUGGCUGGAGCGACCCGCCCGCUUGCAAGCGGAAUGGUGGGAUUAAAUUAUUGCAGAAACAAGGCCCACAAAACUAACACGAGCGACCAGAGCCUCCGGACGCAGCUCAGCGCAGCAGACAGGCACGCAAGUAACGCGCGCGCGUAACGUGACCCGGAACAGAAGCCGAGGACGCUGCCGUUACAGGCUGCAGGUCUUGCCUGGCUGCGGCACUGGCAGGCAACGUUUGUUGCCGGCGGCGAAUUUUAACAAAACAUUACGGCAACCUUUUACGGCACCGGGGCGGCAGUGUGAUUGAGCGUAGGUAUAUAUAUAUAUAUAUAUAUAUAUAUAUAGAAAUAGUUUACAAAGGAAAAACCGAAACAAAUUUGAAAGGACUAAACCCAAUCAAGCAACACAACGCAUGCACAACGGGCAUGUAAAAUACCAAUUGAGAUGUACUUUUCCAUUCAUAUAUUAUAUAUAUAUAUAUAAAUGUGUGUGUGUGUGAUUGAAUGUACGUGAGUGUAUUUUAGAGAGCAAUAAUGAUCAAUACAUAUAAAUUAAAUCGAUAAUCUUCACAUUCAAGCAAUUGUACUAGGUACAUGAAGGCGUAUGAUAUUGAAUAGUGUGAAGGCAGACGCGGGUGGAUGUCCCGGAAGAAGGUAAUCAAACAGAUGACAAAACAUAGGGGUCUGCUGCGCACACUAGUGCCACUAGUGGACCACGCUACAAGUAAAAAGACUAGUAAAAAUAUGUGAAAAUGUGGUAACAGGAGAAAUAGAAAGAAAAAAGAGAGAGAGAGAGAUAGUAUGAAGGAAAUAAUGGAAGCGAAUGAUUGUGAUAACGUUAAAAUUAUUAUAAAAAAAAGAUACCGUACAUAAACUUAGCGUGAAAAGAAAAAGGUAACAGAGAUUGUUAAAAUGUCGCUGUGUCGCGAGGAGCUAGGAAGAGAGAUAAGAUAGAAAAUAAGAAAACAAAGAACCUUAAAACGAAAGUAAAAUGAAUGUAUCCCUCCUCAUACACCGAUAGGAAACGAAUCUCUUUGCAAGAGGCAAGAGAGCAGUGAGAUGAGAAAGAAAAAGAGAAAGAGAGAGGGAGUGGCAUAGGUUACGGUCACAGGUCACAGCAGUCACAAUAACAUCCGACCGGGCGUAACGCGUGCAGCACGUACGUACCGGUUGGCCAUUGGUAGUGGUAGUGGACAGAUCAGGUAGCAGUAAACGCUCGUACUCUACCACAACCCGUAACAACUACAACUACCAGCGACGGAAGCGAGAGUUGGUUGCCUGUGCACGAUGUUUAUGUUUCUUUCUUUUUUUGUUACUUUGUGAGAUUACCAACCAAUAAAGAAUAUUCAUAUUGAGCACUCACUCACACACACAAACACACACAAAAACACACAAUUAUACUAAAACACUUACACAAAAUGCAAUGCAAACCAAAACAUACACACCCACACUCGCAUAUUUAAAGCAAAAAAGAUUGAUGAAAGGUGUACUUUGAUCGAAAUGGUUUCAAUACAAAAGAGAAAACAAAACUGCAACACUGUUAUUUGUCAAAGCGAAGCAAAUGAAACAAAGACUCAAUUUAGAAAGGCAGGAAGCGCAAACAAAAGAAGAAGAGAUAAAAGAGAAAUCGAAAAAAAAGAAGAAAUAGUGGACGUGUUACAUAAAACUGCAACAGAAAACAGAACAUCGCUGACGGUGUACUGGAGCACGUGCGUACGUGCGUGUUUUAGGUGGAAAUGGUCGAUUAGCAACCGAAAGCACAAAUUAGUAAAACAGCAACAACAACAACAAAGAAACAUAGAAAACGAAGCUGAACAAAGCGUAACAAAAUGGAAACAAACGCAGUGUUUUUUAUAUUCUCCGCCCAUAAAUAUUCCAAAAUGAACGCAAAAAAAAGGUUCAAUUAUAAUGUGUGUUGUACAUCUUUCGCAUCUAUUUCCUCUUUUCUGAAACGAGAGUACAUACAACUUGUGACUAAAAUGUGAAGCAACGGUAAAACAAAAAAAAAAACAAAACAAAAAAAACAAGAAAACAGUGAACGAUAAAUUGACACUGCACAAACAACGGUGUCCUGUAUUUAUUGUAAGAAGUUGCCAGUGUUCAGAGGCACAACGGAGCGGAGAAGUGGAGGAAAAAACGGACAAAAAUUAAAACAAAACACGUAUAGGAACGAACCAUUGGUAUUGAAAUCUUAUUCUGUUAACUAUUCUAAACCUCUCUUUACAUAACACCGCAUGAGCAUUCUUCGCGCCAAUAUUUUAUAAAGUUGAUAGAGGGAGAUUGAGAGAGAGCGAGAGAGAGAGAGAGAAAGAAAGAGAGAGAGAGAGAUAGAAAGAAAGAGAGAGAGAGAGCGAGGGGGAGAGAUAGAAAGAGAGAGACUUGAAGUGUGUCCGUGUGUAAGUAAGAGGGAUAAAGAUGGAAAAAAAACGUCCGAUAUGUGUUUGUAUCUUAAACGUGUAUAGUAAACUGAAGCAAGAGAAAAUAAGCACUUUGACUGAGGUGUGGUGGAAAAAUUAUACGUGCAGGAGUAGGCGUGCGACAAACAAGGCAAACAGAAGGAAAAGGAACAAUUUUUUAGGCAAUUUUUCACAGAACAAAACUAAAAAAAAACAUACAUCUAAACUUAUAUACAAGAGCAAGCAAACAUGAAGAGCCUACACGAAGUAAAUCAAACACAAACACACCCACACACACACACACACAUCCACGCGCACACUAAACAAACUCUAUUUCUUGUAAGAGAAGCUUUCGGUGUCCAAAUUAUACGGAAAGAGCGGAACGAUUGAGACCUAUUCAGCGAAAAUGAACACACACCGUACACGACGACAUGCAAACAUAAUCGAAGGAAAAACAAUGGAAGACAGACGAAGCAGAGAGGGGAGCAAGGGAACGAAAUAAGCCUGAACGAGCGUGCGCGGCAGUUAUGAGAAUAAGCGGAGCAAAAGAUUUCAACGCUGCCGAAGACGAGGAACGUGAAGUGAUUAAUUAGCUAGUAAUUUAUAUUUUCUAACGCCCCCCCCUACAACAAUUUUUGUGUUAUUGAGAUAAUAUUAAAAUACGAACUGAAUGUACAAUUUUGUUAGCUAGUGUAGAUCAAGAUAAGAUUUUAGUUUUUGUUUUUUUUUUUAUAGAACCUCGAAAGUUUAUAGAAAGUUUUUGGUUUGCUGGUCGUAUUCUAUUUUUUUUUUGUUGGUUGUCAAUUUGACAGUUCAUUAACAUACGGCCAACUUUGACGGACGUCGUCGGGUCGAUUACUACAUUUGUUUUAAUCUCAAAACACGCACACAUGCACACCAACAAAAUGAAAACCAUUUCACCAAAUGCCAUACAGAAGCGCUCAAUUCGCACCCACAAACACACCUACCGAUGCUUGUCCAAAGAGCAAAACAACACACAACUACUACCACUACCAGUACUAACAGCAAUAACACCGUUACUGCAUCCCUCUGUCAAUUGACAGUCAAUCUCGUGCAACUACCCCAUAGCUCGGCAGACGUAAAGUAACAAUAUAUUGAGCAGGAACCAGCAAAACGGAAGAAAAAGAAGAAGAAAAAAAAACACAAUAAUAUUUUUUGAUACAAAACAUUUUACAACCGAUUUACGCGAUUACGAAGAUGUAGACGAGAGACAGAGAAAAACAGAGCGAGAGAGAGUAAAACACAUACAACGCAGAAUAGAUUACAAAAUGAAAAUAAAUCGUGCAUCGAGGAAUACGCGAACGUCCUCGGUGGGUACUGAAUGGACUCGUUCAAUACACACACCCACACCUACACCUACACAACCGCCAGCCAACGAGAACAGAACUGAUAUACACAACCGAAUCUACACUUCAUUCACACAUACACUCCAGAUUAGGCUCUAUAUUGACACAGAAUAAACAAACCAGAUGCAGCAAUUGGUUUCAGUUUUCCACUAUUUUCUUCUCUAAAUUAUUGGUCUUUUUCUCAAAAAAAAAAAGUGGAUUGGCAAAAUUGGGAAGAGGAAUUCAGGCACCUACAAAAUUUGUGAACGUCCAAAAUUACAUAAUUGGCUAACGAGCGUGAUGAAAUCUUUUAAGAGCAAGGUAAUAUGAUCACGAACAAAAAUUGACACACAUGCACAGAGGCGUAACAAAUACAUAUAUCUAAUAAUUCGAUCGUGUGAAGUCAAAAGAGAUCAAACAAAACAAAUCUUCUAUUCGAGCAAACGCCGCAAAAUCAAAAUUUGCAAAUUGAAACAAACAAAAAAAAGGAAAAUAUCUUUCACCACGCAAGCACCGCACCGCGAAGGUACGAGACAAAUUUAAAACUAAAAGAAUAAAAUUAAAAAUGUUUAGGCAAAAUUUGACAAAACAUGAAAAAAAGCACACGAAUACACACCGACACUAUUUGAAACAAAAAAAAAAAAGAAAACAGCAAUGCAUAGCGACGCUUCAAACGAAACCAGGCUAAUGCAUGCUGAAAAUGCACCAUCUGAAGAAGAACGAAACACUUCUCAAAAAAGACGAAACGCCCUCUGAGGUUAAACGUUGGUAACAUCGGUGCCCCGUGUUUGGAGCAGGUUGGGGAUAAUGCCGCCCCAACUUGAACAAACAGUUCGGCACUGUGGGGUGGGGCACUCGACGACACUACACUCACUCUACCAAGUAAUACACACGGAUAUGACGAAGAGAACCUAAUAUACACAAAGAAAAGCUAACACACACACACACACUCAAACACACAAACACACACACACACACACACACACACACACACACACACACACACACACACACACACACACACACACACACACACACACACACACACACACACACACACACACACACACACACACACACACACACACACACACACACACACACACACACACACACACACACACACACACACACACACACACACACACACACACACACACACACGAACACACGCACACGAAAUCCUACAACAUACACAUACAGACAUUGUCCAGCAGAAUAAGCGAAGCAAAAAGUAUAUUAAAUUAUGUGGAAAAAAACACACACACAUACACUUCUUAAUUCUUGUUGUAAUAAAUGUUAUAUUUAUUGAAAAAUA